AGGUUUGUUCAUCAGAUGGAUUGAAUCAGUGAAUUUGAUGAUAUCGAUUCUGUAAAAGUCUAUAGUUGUCUUGAACGGAAGGAUCUGCACUUGAGCAAUCUUCAGAAUUGAUUGAAGUUUCUCUCGUCUUUGCUGCAAAAUAUCUUUGAACACUGCUAGAUCCUGUUUAGUUGAAACAGUUGUGAAGAAGUGAAGUGAAACAAUCAUGAGCGUGAUCGAUAUUCUCACCAGAGUUGACGCGAUCUGCAAGAAGUACGACAAGUAUGAUCUCGAGAAGCAAAAGGAUUCCAAUAUCUCCGGCGACGAUGCCUUUGUUCGUGUCUACGCUUCCAUAGAAGCCGAUAUCGAAGACGCUCUUCAGAAAGCGGAAACUGCUUCAAAUGGCAAAAGUAGGGCUUCUACUGUUGCCAUUAAUGCUGAGAUUCGUCGAACUAAGGCUCGAUUGCUGGAGGAAGUUCCGAAAUUGCAGAGAUUGGCUAUGAAGAAGGUGAAGGGGCUUCCUUCAGAAGAAUUUGCUGCCCGAAGUGAUUUGGUCCUUGCAUUGCCAGAGAGAAUUCAAGCUAUACCUGAUGGAACUCCUGCUCCAUCAAAGCAAAGUGGAGCCUGGACAGGUUCAGCCUCACGCACAGAAAUAAAGUUUGACUCAGGUGGAAGGUUUGAUGAUGAAUACUUCCAGCAAACUGAAGAGUCUAGCCAGUUUAGGCAAGAAUAUGAAAUGCGGAAAAUUAAACAGGAUCAAGGUUUGGAGGUUAUAUCUGAAGGUCUAGAUACAUUGAAGAAUAUGGCUCAUGAUAUGAAUGAGGAAUUGGACAGGCAAGUUCCUUUGAUGGAUGAGAUAGACACCAAGGUUGACAAAGCAAGUUCAGAUCUUAAAAAUACGAAUGUCAGGCUCAAGGACACAGUUACUCAGUUGCGGUCAAGUAGAAAUUUCUGCCUUGAUAUCGUGCUGUUGUGCAUAAUCCUAGGAAUUGCAGCUUACUUGUACAAUGUCCUGAAGAAGUAAGACCAUAAGAUGAUGAUGAUGAUGGCUCUGUUCAUAUAGCUUGUCUAUGAUACACUUGUUGCUAUAUUGUGUUUGUAUCUCUAUUGGUUGUCGAAAACCUAGAAACUACCACAUUUUAUUGAAUUUUUUUGAGUGUUUUAUUCGAGGACACAAUGGAAGGAACUCGUUGUAAUGUUCUUGUUAUUGUUGAGUA